AUGCCGGACCUCGCUUCGAAGGGCGCCACUAUUUCCAAGAAGGGCUUUAAGAAGGCCGUGACCAAGACCCAGAAGAAAGAGGGCAAGAAGCGCAAGAGGUGCCGCAAGGAGAGCUACUCGAUUUACAUCUACAAGGUGCUCAAGCAGGUGCACCCCGACACCGGCAUCUCGUCCAAGGCCAUGAGUAUCAUGAACUCAUUUGUCAAUGACAUCUUCGAGCGCCUCUCUGCUGAGGCAUCACGCCUGGCGCAUUACAAUAAGCGCUCGACUAUCACGUCCCGCGAGAUCCAGACGGCUGUGCGCCUGCUGCUGCCCGGGGAGCUGGCCAAGCACGCCGUGUCCGAGGGCACCAAGGCCGUCACCAAGUACACCAGCUCCAAGUAGACGCGCGAGCCCGCGGCCUGACUCCUGAACCCAAAGGCUCUUUUCAG